GUUUCACGGAUGCAAAACAAACUAUGGCCCAGAAAAACAAGUCGGCGCAGCGCUUCCAACGAAACGAAUUUUCGCCUCUAUGACUAAUUGCCGCCCAUAUAACACGGCACUGCCUCAUUUCUCGUUUUAUUCUAGCAGAAGCCUUUGUCUUGUCGCCAAAGAAAAAUAAGAAACCAAAACGAAAAUGGCAGACUCAUCAUCGUCGGCACCGAAAUCCGAUUUGGAGACGGAAGAAUUGCUGGAUCGAAUGCUUACUCGAUUAGCUUUAUGUGACGACUCCAAACUUGAAGUGCUGCUCUCCAAGCUUCUCCCUCUCACUCUCUCCUCUCUCUCUUCCCAGUCCACCGCUGUUCGUAACAAGGUUCUUGAAAUUUUGAGUCAUGUUAACAAGCGAGUGAAACACCACUCUGAUAUUGGCUUGCCAUUGUUGGAGUUAUGGAAAUUGUAUACAGAAGCUAAUUCUGCUCCAAUGGUUAAAAACUUUUGCAUUGUGUAUAUUGAGAUGGCAUUUGAGCGUGCAAAUGCAAAGGAAAAAGAAAACAUGGCACCUAUGCUUGUAUCUAACAUUUCCAAACUUCCCCAUCAACACCAAGAGAUUAUAAUGAGGAUUGCUACUAAGGUGAUUGGUGAAUGUCAUGCUGGUCAAAUUGACAAAGAGGUAGCCAUAAAAUAUAGACUAGCAAAUGGUUCUCAGGAUAGAGAAUUGUUCAUUGAAUUCUGCCUGCAUUUGAUGUUAUAUCAGCAGCCAUCCCAAGGCGGAGGAUGUCCACCUGGGCUUUCAAUUGCUCAAAGCCAUCGUGUUACCGGAAAGCAACCUUUGAAAACUGAUGAGCUUCUUAUGAGAAAGUUGGGUGUUUUGAAUGUCAUUGAAGCAAUGGAGCUUGAUGCAGAACUUGUUUAUCCUUUGUAUCUGGCUGCUAGUGCUGAUUGUCAAGAGCCUGUGACCAAGAGAGGGGAGGAGCUUCUGAGAAAGAAGGCAUCUACUGCUAAUUUAGAUGACCCAAAGUUGAUGAACAAAUUCUUUUUACUGUUUAAUGGUACUACUGGAGCUGAAAGUGGUGCUCCAGAAUCUAGAAUCUCUCCUGCAAGCAUUGCUUUGAAAGUAAAGUUGGUGUCUAUAUUUUGCCGAUCUAUAACUGCAGCAAACAGCUUCCCGGCAACUCUGCAAUGUACUUUUGGCUGCAUAUAUGGAACUGGCACCACUUCAAGGUUGAGGCAGUUGGGAAUGGAAUUCACCGUAUGGGUGUUUAAACACGCACAAAAUGAUCAGUUAAAGCUCAUGGGUCCUGUGAUAUUGAAUGGGAUUCUGAAGUUACUUGAUAGUUUUUCCAAUUCAGAAUCAGAUGUUAUUGCUAGGGAUACCAAAACCUUUUGUUUUCAAGCAAUUGGGUUGCUUGCACAGCGCCUGCCCCAUCUCUUUAGGGAGAAGAUUAACAUGGCUGUUCGUCUCUUUGAUGCAUUGAAAGUGGAAGCCCAGUCAAUCCGUUUUAUUAUCCAAGAAGCAACCAAUUCUCUUGCUGCUGCAUAUAAGGGAGCCCCAGCUACUGUAUUGAUAGAUUUGGAGACACUUCUGUUGAAUAAUUCUCAAGUGGAACAAAAUGAAGCACGCUUCUGCGCUGUGAGAUGGGCGACAUCUAUAUUUGAUUUGCAGCAUUGCCCAAGUCGAUUUAUUUGUAUGCUUGCAGCUGCAGAUUCUAGAUUGGAUAUAAGGGAAAUGGCACUUGAAGGCUUAUUUCCUGUCAGAGAUAAAGGCCAAAGUACUAGUCAAAAUCUUGAUGAUAAGUACCCAAAGCUUGGAGGCAUGUUGGAUUAUAUUAUUAAACAGCAGCCAAAUUUGUUAGCUUCAAGUGAAAUAAGGGAGCAAAAACUUACUUUUCCAUCAACAGUGUAUGUCGCCAUGAUUAAAUUUUUGUUAAAGUGUUUUGAGUCAGAGUUAGAGCAAAGCAACUCUUUAGAGAGAUCAGCUGAAUUUCUCUCGUCGGUGGAAAGCAUGUGCUUACUUUUAGAACAUGCUAUGGCAUAUGAAGGAUCCAUUGAGUUACAUUCCACUGCUUCCAAGGCAAUAAUUACCAUCGCAACUUAUCUUCCAGAGAUGAUAGCAUCACAUUUUGGAUCUAGAAUUUCAUGGCUGAAGCAAUUACUGAGCCACGUAGACUUAGAGACCCGUGAAUCUUCAGCACGCCUACUUGGCAUAGCUUGUUCUUCUCUUCCUAGUCCUGCAUCAUCUGAUCUUAUAUGCGAACUACUUUCCUCAAUUGGUGGAACUAAAAAUUUAAGGUUUGAGGCACAACAUGGUGCGUUGUGUGCUGUAGGAUAUGUGACUGCAGAUUGUAUGUCUAGAACACCUACUAUUCCAGAGCAAUUGUUUCAGAAUAUACUCAAAUGCCUGACUGACAUAGUAAAAUCUGAGACUGCAAUUUUGGCUUCUGUUGCAAUGGAAGCUUUAGGUCAUAUUGGGUUAUGUGCACCAUUACCUCCACUUGCUGAGAAUUCUGGUUCAGUUGAGAUUUUGUCGCUCUUACUCGAAAAGUUGAGCAAACUACUCUCUGGUGAUGAUAUAAAAGCGAUUCAGAAAAUUGUUAUAUCCCUUGGACAUAUCUGCGUUAAAGAAACAUCAGCUUCAAACCUCAAUAUUGCUCUUGAUUUGAUAUUUAGUCUCUGCCGGUCAAAGGUUGAGGAUAUUCUUUUUGCUGCUGGGGAGGCUCUUUCGUUUUUGUGGGGUGGUGUUCCUGUUACAGCUGACUUGAUUCUUAAAACUAACUAUUCUUCACUUUCCAUGACAUCAAACUUUCUUUUGGGAGAUGUAAACUUAUCAAUGUCAAAAUAUAGCUAUAAUGGGAAAAGCGAACAUAAUGAAGACUAUCAUAACACAGUUAGAGAUUCAAUUACAAGAAAACUUUUCGACGUUCUCCUAUACAGUAGCAGAAAGGAAGAGCGCUGUGCUGGAACUGUUUGGUUAUUAUCACUAACAAUGUAUUGCGGCCGUCACCCAACCAUUCAACAAAUGCUUCCGGAAAUUCAGGAGGCAUUUUCACAUCUACUAGGUGAACAGAAUGAACUCACACAAGAGCUGGCUUCCCAAGGCAUGAGUAUAGUCUAUGAACUUGGCGAUGCAUCAAUGAAGAAAAACUUAGUAGAUGCACUUGUUACCACUUUGACUGGUUCAGGGAAAAGGAAAAGAGCUAUCAAGCUUGUUGAAGACUCUGAAGUGUUUCAAGAAGGGGCCAUUGGUGAAAGUCUCAGUGGAGGGAAACUUACCACUUAUAAGGAGCUUUGCAAUCUUGCUAAUGAGAUGGGUCAACCAGACUUAAUUUAUAAGUUCAUGGACCUGGCUAAUCACCAAGGAUCUCUGAAUUCUAAGAGAGGUGCUGCUUUUGGGUUUUCAAAGAUAGCCAAGCAAGCUGGGGAUGCUCUCCAACCGCACUUAAAAUUGUUGAUUCCUCGACUAGUUAGGUACCAAUAUGAUCCAGAUAAAAAUGUACAGGAUUCAAUGGCACACAUAUGGAAGUCGCUAGUGGCAGACCCUAAGAAAACCAUUGAUCAACACUUGGACUUUAUUAUUGAUGAUCUAAUUGUACAAUGUGGAUCUAGACUUUGGCGAUCACGUGAAGCUUCCUGUCUUGCCCUUGCAGAUAUUAUCCAAGGACGAAAAUUUGAACAGGUUGGGAAGCAUUUGAAGAAAAUAUGGACAGUAUCAUUCCGUGCCAUGGAUGACAUAAAGGAAACUGUUCGAAAUGCCGGUGAAAAGUUAUGCCGUGCUGUAUCUUCAUUAACGAUAAGGUUGUGUGAUGUCUCACUUACUGAAAUAUCAGAUGCCAGCAAAGCAAUGGAGAUUGUUCUGCCUUUGUUGCUUGCAGAAGGUAUAUUAAGUAAAGUUGACAGUAUUCGAAAGGCUUCAAUUGGAGUUGUUAUGAAGCUUGCCAAGGGUGCGGGGGUUGCACUGCGUCCUCAUUUGCCUGAUCUGGUUUGCUGCAUGCUUGAAAGUUUAUCAAGUCUUGAAGACCAAGGGCUCAAUUAUGUUGAGUUGCAUGCAGCAAAUGUUGGAAUAGAGACAGAGAAGCUUGAGAAUUUGCGAAUUUCAAUUGCAAAAGGCUCUCCAAUGUGGGAAACUCUGGACCUAUGCAUAAAUGUCGUGAACAUUGAAUCACUUGAUCUCUUGGUUCCUCGGCUUGCUCAAUUGAUUCGAUCAGGGGUUGGCCUCAACACGAGGGUUGGUGUUGCUAACUUCAUUAGCUUAUUGGUUCAGAAAGUUGGUGCAGAUAUCAAAACAUUUGCAAAUAUGUUAUUAAGACUGUUAUUUCAAGUUGUUAGGGAAGAGAGGAGUGCUGUCGCAAAACGUGCUUUUGCAAGUUCUUGUGCCAUGGUUUUGAAGCAUGCAGGUCCCUCUCAGGCUGAAAAGCUGAUUGAGGAUACUACAGCUUUACAUACCGGAGAAGGGAACUCACAAAUUUCAUGUGCGAUUCUUUUGAAAAACUAUUUCUCAAUUGCAUCUGAUGUUGUGAGCGGAUAUCAUGUGGCAAUUUUUCCAGUUAUAUUUAUUUCAAGAUUUGAUCAUGAGAAGUAUGUUUCUGGUCUGUUUGAGGAGCUGUGGGAAGACAACACAAGUGGUGAAAGAGUCACAGUUCAAUUAUAUUUGGGAGAAAUUGUUUCUCUUAUUUGUGAAGGGCUGGCAUCAUCUUCUUGGGCGAGAAAAAGAAAGUCAGCGCAGGCAAUUUGUAAGCUUAGUGAAGUUUUGGGUGAAUCAUUGUCUUCUUGUUAUAGCGUUCUGCUUGAAGCUCUUAUGAAGGAAAUUCCUGGUCGACUAUGGGAGGGAAAGGAUGCUCUGUUAGAUGCAAUAGGUGCAGUUUCUACAUCUUGCCAUAAAGCUAUUGCCUCUGAAAAUCCUGCCACUCCCAAGGCAAUUUUGGAUUUGGUAUUUUCUGCAUGCAUGAAAAAGGUGAAGAAAUACCGUGAAGCAGGUUUCUGUUCUCUUGACCAGGUUAUAAAAGCAUUUGGCCAUCCAGAUUUCUUUAAUGCCAUUUUUCCACAAUUAGUUGGGAUGUGCAAUUCUGCUGUUGCCAGUAAAUCUGGCCCAAUGCCUAUGCCAAGUGAUGCUUCUAAAACAGAAUCAGAUGAUGUUGAAGACUCUUCUGCUCCAUUGGAAAAAAUUCUGGGCUGCGUGACGUCUUGCAUCCACGUGGCACAUGUCAAUGAUAUUCUUCAACAGAAAAACAACUUGAUGAACAUGUUAUUAAUUUCUUUCUCACCUGGGUUGCAGUGGACAGUCAAAAUGUCAGCAUUUUCGUUAAUUAAAGAACUUUGCUCGAGGCUCAGUAUCUCUGAGGACACUCAUGGAAUGUCUGUACAUGGUAGCAAUACUUCUUUAGUUCAGGAGUUGUUUCGUUCUUUAUCGCCAAAAAUCGUUGAAUGCAUAAGCAUUGUAAAGAUUGCCCAGGUUCACAUCACUGCCUCGGAGUGCCUCGUGGAGAUGAUGAGGCUGUACAGACAAGUAGCACCCUUGCGCUGGACAGACGUCGGGUUUAAAGAAGAGCUUCUUCACCAAUAUGAGGUGGAAAAGAAUGAGGAGGCCAAAUCAUAUUUGAAAAAAUGUAUCGACGACUUCGAAAACGCAGAAUAAGAGAAUGUGCAAGCAGCCUGAAUGAAGCAGAUUUUUUGCUAUGCUAUCGUUCUACCAAAUGCUAACACCUUAUUUAAUUUAAUUCUAUUUCGUAUGAUAUAUUUGAGCAUUGGAGAUGAAAAUCAGAUAUGGGUUUAUACUGUGGUGGUGCUUGCACGUAUUGCUAAAUUGCUAAAUUAUGUCUGCAUCUGCCAAAUUUUUUCAAAUUAUUUUAUCCAUACGAAUCAAACUAAAGCAAAAUAAAGACGAAAUGUAAGCCUUUCUUUAUGAAGCAAAUGAGGGCGUGCAGAGAAGAUCAAGGAGGUGGGUAAAAAUUAGAUAAUAUUAAGUGAAAAUAAUUAUUUAGUUUUUGAGGUUUUAUAAAAUUAAUUAUUUCAUUUUUGUA